GUGACGACACAGAUGAGAUUGCGGGAGAGUAUAAAAGGGCAUAGGCGGCCGAUAAUGUCAUUCAUACCAGCUAGAUUAGCCAAAGCAUCAGCAACAUGAAAUUCUUGAUCCUUUUCAUUGCCCUCUUCGCCAUGGCGGCUGCAGCGCCUCAGUGGGGCGGACAACAGCAGCAGCAGCAGGAUGGUUUUGGAGGUGGAUUCGGUGGCGGAUUCGGAGGCCAACAACAGCAGCAACAGGAAAACUUUGGAGGUGGAUUCGGUGGCGGUUUCGGAGAUCAGCAACAACAACAGCAGGGUGGAUUCGGAGGCGGAUUCGGAGGCCAACAACAGCAGCAACAGGAAGGCUUUGGAGGAUUCGGUGGCGGAUUCGGGGAUCAGCAGCAGCAACAGCAGGGCUGGUAAACAGCUGAUUACUAUGCAAGAAACACAACAACGCCUAACACUGAAAUUACCAAUAAAAUUAUGAGACUUUGAUUACAAAAUGCUU